UUUCGCAACAGUACUCUCGGCUCCCGCUCAAACCCAUCCCGUCCUUCCUCAUAGAUCCCUCUUCCUCUGAAAAAAUGCCACUCCCCGUCUCGCUCUCCAUCUGCAGCAUUUCUCAUUCUUGAAGCCUUUUGCUCUCCCUAUGGCGCUUUCUCUUCCUCUCCACGGUGUCUCGGUCGGAGAUUCUCUCCUCGUCUACUGUUAUGCUGACCGGAAAUGGUACUCCUGUGAGAUUAUCGAGGUCAGUGGCGAUCACGACUGCGAGAUCCUCUACGAAGAUGGUGAGCGCGAUCGGAUUUCGCUUGAUCAGAUCAAGUUCAUUGUGCGGCGGAACUGGACGGGUUCUAUCCGGGAGAGGAAGAAACGGGGUGACGAUUCACUCCAGACGAUCAAGAACAUUCUCUUCGACAUGGAGAACACAGUUAUGCGACGGUCCAGCAGACUCCAGAAGAAAGGAUUAACUAAAUGCAUACCAAUUCCAUGCUCAAAUCAAAGGGAAGGCCUUUCAGAAGCUCCAUGUUUGAGUAUUCAGUCUCCCUUGUGCUCAGAUGAGAUCAGAAGUUACGACGAAUUGAGUUCUGAUUCCCUGUCUGUUUCUGCAUCCAGCCAACCACAUGAUGAUUUUGAUAGGAAAUACUCUGCUGACCGUCCUCUUGUGCGUGCAAGACACAGAGCUACUAUUCCUAAGAAAAGAAAACAAAGCCUCGUUCACCAUUUGAAGGUGUCUCGGGCCAAAAGGAGCAGAAGAUCUUGCCUUCCACAUCAAAUUGAAUAUUCAAAUGGGAUUGCAGGGGAUGGUGGGGAGAAUCAGAAAGUUGGCCUUUAUGGGUUGUCUGGCAGGAUGCUCUGUUCUAUUUGUCAGAUAGGAGUAGCUGAAAAUUUUAUGCUCAGAUGUGUGGGGAUUGGUUGUUUUUGUGCUUUCCACACAUUUUGUCUUUAUCCUCCUUUACAACGAGUUCCUAAGAUGGAUUGGCUUUGCCCUUAUUGCAAGGAUGACCCAUUGUUUACGGGCAUGAUGACUGAAGACAGGAAGCUGACACCAAAGAAAAUUGGGAGUAUUAUUGGUCGAAGAAGGAUUGUUAUCAACCGAAAGAAAAAUGUCUUACAAGAUCAAUUCCUAAUAAAAUGGGAAUUGUUCUCUCAUCAUCAUGAUUCGUGGGUUCCCAUGGAAUGGGUCAAACUAAUUGAUCGUGUUCGAAUGCAUAGAUUUCAAGACAAAAAUCCGGUUGUGGGCGAUGGUUUUACUGUAAUUGAUCCCAGAAAGGCAGAGUGGUUUAAAAUAGACCGUGUCAUUGCAUGCAGGAGGAAGUUUAAUGCUCAUAAUGUUUGUGAAAUUCUGAACUUAUCGCAGGCGAGCCAAGAUAGCAGGGAAUUUGAAUUUCUUGUGAAAUGGAUGGGUCUUGAUUAUAGUGAUGUGACAUGGGAAUCAUCUUGCAUGGAAGAACUGUUGACUGAAAUCGGUAAACUUGUCCAUAGGCACCAAAGAGCCAUUGAAAGAAGUGAUAAUUAUUGUUGGGAGUCUCAUGUCCCACAGUUAGAUGUGCAGCCAAGCUAUUUGAAGGGUGGCAUCCUAUUUGACUAUCAAAUGAGAGGACUCAAUUGGAUAUUGAACAAUUUUAUAUCCAGGCGAAAUGUUAUCCUUGCAGAUGAAAUGGGACUUGGAAAAACAGUCCAAGUUGUUUCCUUUGUCCAUUGCAUGAUGCAAGAGAAGCUUACUGGCAACCCUGUCCUCAUAGUUGCUCCUAAAAAUAUCCUUUUUCAUUGGGGGAAGGAAUUUUGCCACUGGGCAGAAGAGCUUAAUGUUGUUAUUUACCAAGGGGAGAGAGCUUCACGGCGGUGUAUCCAGGACUAUGAGUUUUUUGCGUCUGGAAAGGUCUUAUUUGAUGUUUUGAUAACAAACUAUGAACUGAUUCUUUCAGAUAACCAUGUUCUGCGGAAGUUUAAGUGGUCUGCUAUUAUUAUUGAUGAGGCUCACAAGUUAAAAAAUCUCGACUGCAAGCUAGGACGCUGCCUUAAGCAAUACACCACAGACUUUCGAUUGUUACUGACUGGAACACCACUUCAAAAUACGUUGCUCGAGCUAUUUGCAUUACUUCAUUUCCUUGAUCCGGAAGAAUUCUUUGAUCCAAGGGCUAAAGCGGAGUCUUUUUCCAAUAUUGGAAUGGGUCUAGCAGAUGGAAAAGCGUUAGAUUAUGACACAAAAAUAUCUCAAAUUCAUGAGUUAUUAAGGCCUAGGAUGUUGAGACGGAUGAAGUUAGAUGUUUUGCCUCGGUUGAUUCCCGCCAAAAAGUGGGUCGAAGUUCCUUGUGCCCUUACAAACAUCCAAAGGGUGCUCUACAUAAAUCUAUUGACAAAAAACUAUGAAGAGUUGAAUAAAGGAAUUCAUAGCGGAAGAAAGAUAACAUUGAACUUCCUUCUUAUGGAAUUGAGGAAGUGUUGUAAUCACCCAUAUCUUUUUCCUGGCCAGGAGUUGGGUGAAGUUCCCGUGUCAUUAGUUGCAUCAUCAGGGAAGCUUCAGCUUUUACAAAAGUUGCUUCCUAAAUUAAAAGAGAGAGGAAAUCGGGUAUUGCUUUUCUCACAAAUGACCAAGAUGCUUGAUAUUCUGGAAGACUUCUUGUUGUUCCUUGGGCUAGCAUAUUUUAGGAUUGAUGGAAAUACCUCCAUGUCUGCAAGGCAGCAACAAAUGAAGGAGUUCAAUAGUCCAGAAAGCACGGUCUUUAUAUUUCUUAUUUCAACCCGUGCAGGUGGCCUGGGGAUUGAUCUGCCAAGUGCCGAUAGAGUCAUCAUAUACGAUCCUGAUUUCAACCCAUUUAUGGAUUUACAAGCCCAGUCAAGGGCCCACAGGAUUGGACAGACCCGGCCUGUGGUGGUCUAUCAACUGAUCACCAAAUGUUCUGUUGAGGAGAAAAUACUGCAAAAAUCAAAGAAGAAGCUGGCAGUUGAGAAUAUGGUGAUGAAUCCUACGAAGAAGCUAAAAGUGGACGAGCUGCAGUCAGUGCUGCUUCAUGGAGCCAGGAAGAUUCUCAGUAAGAAAUUCACACAUGCCACAUCAAUCCAUUACGACGACAAAGCCAUUGAGACUCUCCUUGAGCUGGACCCGGCACCAGCUGACAAAUGUACUCCAGAAGAAAACGACUAUCUCGGUGCUAUAGAAAGUUUUGUUGCAGGCUCUGAGAACAAGGAGCUGCCCCCAUCUCCCAAGGCACAAGAAUGGCAAGAAAUUUUUGGGCCCAUCAAAGAUUUGGGAAAGAGUGAAAAGCUCGGUAGGGGCAAGCGUCAGAGGAAGGAUGUGAAGUAUGUAUAUGAUGAUGGAUCUGAUUCUGACAGCGAUGAUAUAUACUCAUCAGACAGCACCUCGGUUGAAACUUCUUCAGACAGUUCUUCUGGAUAUGAAUCAGAAGACCUCCAUGAAGACAUCUGACCGCUAUUAGAAAGGUUAAGCAUGCUUAUUUUGUAAUUUUGUCAAUAUCGAUCUGUAUCGUUUUGAUCAUUUUGGUAAACGUACAUCUCCCACCCCACAUCAAUGUACAAAGCAAAAGAUUAUAGGAGAAACAUAUGUAGUAAACCCUAUAGAAGGAAUUCCAGGACUGUAACUAAAUUGGUCUUUCUAUUCAGUUUCUACCUACAUUUGAAGACUAGAAAUGUAAUAUUGAUGGAAGAUGACUAUGACGAGAUUUUAUGGAAAAAAUGUUUACGGAGAA